CAGAGAUUGCUUCGUCUGAAAGCAAAUACGGCUCCCCAACUGGGCCUAUCACCAAAUUAGAGCUCAUGCACGUCUAAAAUCGUCAGCGCUGGUUCUUCUCUCUUUCUCUCUCACGACUGGACAGUGUGCGGACAUGUCUCAUCGCAAAUUCCAUGCACCACGCCACGGGCACAUGGGGUUUCUGCCCCACAAGCGAAGCAAGACGCACAUAGGGAGGGUGCGUACGUGGCCCAAAGAUGAACCCAGCCAACCCGUCCACCUCACGGCCUUCUUGGGAUACAAGGCUGGCAUGACCCACACCCUCAGGGAUAUUCACCGCACCGGCCUAAAACAGGCUAAGCGAGAGGAGGUGGAGGCGGUCACCAUCAUCGAAACUCCUCCUGUCAUUGUGGUGGGGAUCGUGGGAUACAUCCAGACCAUCCGUGGUUUACGUUCCUUUAAAACCGUCUUUGCCGAGCACCUCAGUGACGAGUGCAAGCGCAGAUUCUACAGAAAUUGGUACAAGUGCAAGAAGAAGGCCUUCACCAAGUACAGUAAGAAGUGGCAGGACGAGACUGGGAAGAAACAGCUGGAUAAGGAUUUUAGUGCGCUGAAGAAAUACUGUUCCGUCAUCAGGGUUAUCAUUCAUUCCCAGAUGCGACUGCUGCCCCUAAAGCAGAAAAAAGCCCACAUCAUUGAGGUGCAGCUAAAUGGGGGUAGCAUCUCAGACAAGGUGGACUGGGCGAAGGAGCAUCUGGAGCAGGCUGUGCCCAUCUCUGCUGUCUUCGUCCAGGAUGAGAUGAUUGACGUCAUCGGUGUCACCAAGGGUCACGGCUUCAAAGGUGUGACGAGCCGCUGGCACGUAAAGAAGCUCCCGAGGAAGACUCACAAGGGCCUGAGGAAGGUGGCUUGUAUUGGAGCCUGGCAUCCCGCCCGCGUGGCCUACACUAUUGCUCGUGCCGGUCAGAAGGGAUAUAACCACCGCACUGAGGUCAACAAGAAGAUCUACCGUAUGGGUCAGGGCAUCCAUGUUCAGGACGGAAAGGUGAUUCGGAAUAGUGCCUCUACCAACUAUGACGCCAGCCAGAAGAGCAUAAACCCAAUGGGAGGUUUCCCCCACUAUGGUGAAGUUAAUAAUGACUUCAUCAUGUUGAAAGGCUGCGUUGUCGGGACAAAGAAACGCGUGCUCACCCUCAGAAAGUCUUUACUCGUGCACACGUCUCGCAAGUCCCAUGAGACCAUUGAGCUUAAGUUCAUCGACACUGCUUCCAAAUUCGGUCAUGGCCGUUUCCAGACUGCCCAGGAGAAGAGGGCUUUCAUGGGGCCGAUGAAAAAAGACGCCCUCAAGACACUGCAGGAGCCUCUGUCUGAGGAUGUUUGAGGAAAAAACAG